UCGCGGGGCGUCCCGCCGCGUUCCCGGGGCGCCGGACUUGAGGGCGGGGAACCCCGGAGCCCAACAGGGCCCCGAAGGCGGCCAGCCUGGAAUGGCCCUCGGGUCCCUGGUCUCAGCACACCCCCCCCCCGCGUGGUGGCCCCCAGUGCCAGCGCCGCCGUCAGCCGGCGUCCCCCCGAUCCCGUCCGCGUGGCGGAGGCUGCCCCGUCCCGCGGCGUCCCCCGCGCGGACUGCGAGCGCGCGGGGGAGGGGGAGGGGCGGGGGGCCCCGGCGGGCGGCCAGGGGGUGGGGCCCACGGCAGGGCCGCCUCCCCUCUUUCCCGGGGCCUGGGCGGAGAGGGAGGAAAGCUUCCUGGCCUGGGCUCCGGGCCGCUCCGUCCGCCAGCCCUGCGGGCCCGCCCACCGGCGCCUCCCCCGGCUCCCCAGUGUCCGCCAUGGCCAAAGCCUACGACCACCUCUUCAAGUUGCUGCUCAUCGGGGACUCGGGGGUGGGCAAGACUUGUCUCAUCAUUCGCUUCGCAGAGGACAGCUUCAACAACACCUACAUCUCCACCAUCGGAAUCGACUUCAAGAUCCGCACUGUGGAUGUAGAGGGGAAGAAGAUCAAACUGCAGGUCUGGGCUGUCCCGUGGGAAGGGCAUUCAGGCAGGUUCCCAGCAAGCGGUGGAGUUGAGAUGGUCCGUGUGUGCUGCUCUCCCUGCAUCUCGGAGAGCCUGGAGAGCCGAGCUGCGAGGGCCGACCUGCCACGGGAGACCUGUGGGGAGCCGGCUGUGGAAGCGGGGGCGGCCUGGAGAAGCUUUAGGACGCAGUGGAGAAGAGUAGGUUGGGGCUUGCUGCUGAAUGACCUUCAUCCGUUGCCGAGCCCCUUCGGAUCUCUGCCCUCGUUUGUAAAGCAGGGACCGGACGACAUGCGUCACCAGGGUAGGGUGAAGGAGGCGCCUGGCACGGGGGACACGGCUGGCCAGGAGCGGUUCAAGACGAUAACGACUGCCUAUUACCGUGGGGCCAUGGGCAUUAUCCUAGUGUAUGACAUCACGGAUGAAAAAUCCUUCGAGAAUAUUCAGAACUGGAUGAAAAGCAUCAAAGAGAACGCCUCAGCUGGGGUGGAGCGCCUGCUGCUGGGCAACAAGUGCGACAUGGAGGCCAAGAGGAAGGUGCAGAAGGAGCGCGCUGUUAAGCUGGCUCGCGAGCAUGGGAUCCGAUUCUUCGAGACCAGUGCCAAGUCCAGCACAAAUGUGGAUGAGGCUUUCAGUUCCCUGGCCCGGGACAUCUUGCUCAAGUCAGGAGGCCGGAGACCGGGAAACAGCCACAAGCCCCCCGGCACUGACCUGAGAGCUUGUGACAAGAAGAACACCAGCAAGUGCUCCCUCGGCUGAGGACCCUAGGCCCGGAGGCUGGACCUGAGGGAGGCUGUGGGUGGGCAGGGGAGGAGCAGCACGUGGGACUCGGAGGGGCUGCAGGUAGGUAGAUGGUGGAAGAGUAGGAGCCAACGGAGAAGAACACGGGAAGACGAGGGAUGGAAAGGAGGUAGAACAGAGCGAGACGGAGAAGCCAGGAGGAGAGGCGGCAGGAAGAACCGGCCCUGGGUGUCAGACCUUCCCCGGGCUUCUAGGGCAGACAUAAAUGUAAAUAAACAGUUGAUUUGUUGUUACUGGA